CGUGACAGAGCAGUGCGGUUCCUGACAGAUGAAAACCUUCGAUCACAGGCUGAGCUCGGGAUUCCCAAGGUUUUCUCUACUAGUCUGUGUCUCCAUGAUUCUUGGCAUCACAGCGAAGCCAUAUAAACCGGGGAAUAAACUUACAGAUGCAGCAUUCCAGGACACAGUUAUGUCCAUGGAUGACAAAGGAAAGAUGCCCUUGGGAGUGGAAGUGGAACCUCCUGAGGACCUGGACCAGACUGACUACAACAUCGACCCCAGCAUGAAGAUUUGGAAGGGCAUGGCGGGCAGGGAACGGCCCCUGAAGGCCGAAGAAGACCUGAAUGAGCUACAUCAUCUUUCAAUGAGAGAUCUCCUCAAAGACCAGAUCGCUAACCAGGACGUCCUCCCUGUUGCCGGCAUGUUGUACAAUGAACCAGAGGAGGAUAGAGAUGACAUCGACCACCCUGUUUUCAGAGAGGCGGCCUCACAGAGAGCUGAGCAGGUCGAGAGCAAAGCUGGUGAAUGGACCCGUGUCGCUCUCUCCGAACCAGAGGAGGACAAGGACGACCUGUAUCAUCAUGAAGAACAGCCCUUGCUAGUGCAAACGGAGCCGCUGAGAAUUGAGGUCACGGGAGAAAGACAGGUCAGACUUCACCUCCAGCCAGAGGAGGACAUGGACGACCUGUAUCAUGAAGAUCACCAGCAGCCGGCUCUUUACCAAGAUGCUGCCGAAUCUGAGGCCCCUGUUGAUUUGCCGUAUCAGACGAAGCACAGUGAACCAGAGGAAGAUUUGGAUGAUCUGUACCACAUGUGAUUGUUCAACAACCACACAUUCUGUUGAUCCUUAUCAUGAGAUGAUCUUAAUCACAAGUAUUAAAAUAUCAAUGAUCAUAUAUUUAUGUCAUUGUCUAUUAUUUGUAUGUGGGUGAUAAAUACACUUUAAACAUGUACGAUUUUCAGUGUUUCGUUUAUUGAACAGCGCACACAACAUAAAAGAUAUUAGUUUAAAAAUACAAAAUCAUUUUUGGUAAACUCAGAUCAUAUUGAUUGUAUUAAUGACAAAUUAAGAAGAACAAAUAGUUUUAAAUCCACAGCAUCUGGAAAUGGAACAAAACUGAAAAAUGUGUUUUAUGUAAAAAUCUCUCUCCUGAUUUCCCAUUGUUGUGGCUGAACCAGGGGUGGGUUCAGGGGGCACUGGCCCCAGCUGAAAAUCUGAUUGUAACCUCACUUACUUACAAUUAUAAGAAUUUAUACAACAAUUUGUUAAGAGUGUCUUUUUUUAAAGCUAUUUAUUAAUUACACAAUGUACUUGAACAAGGAUCAGGGAUGUGUGGCUUAGCUAUAGAGCUAAUGUGAGUCUUACUGAAUCAGUAAUGUGCGUGGAUGUCGCACCUAUAUCUGGCCCCUCUGUGUCAAUGAUUUCCCCCUUACAGCUCCUGAUUUAGAACGAUCCAACACUGGGCUGAACUCGU